GGACCAUUCGAGCUUACAACCCAUGUUGAUGAUCACCAAGAAUUGUGCCCUCAUAAUAGUCAAUUGUGAGCAUUGAAUAUGAGAAUAGACCGUAUCAACCACAUGCCUUACAACUUGAGUCACUCUGCCAGUUAAGUUGAAUCAUGUUUUUUUUUUUUUGACAAGGGGCCGCUUAUAUUGCAUUCCUUGAUCAAAGUUAAGGCAACAACCAUUACAGAAGAGAGUCUGAAAUUAAACCCAGAACAACAAUCCAGUCAUCAGGAAGAGAAUUAUGGGCCAACGAUCUUGCGACCUAGUCUGCUCUAACGUUGAGAUUCCUCCGAAUAAACCUGACAUCGAUCAAGCGAAAUCUCCUGAGAAUGUCCUUCAUAACUCCCAACAGAGCCGCACAAUUCCACGACCUUGGGUGAUGGGGAGACAACAGUGCUUUGACCAGCACCUGGCAGUCAGAACGAACAAUCACAGAACCCGGGAGAGUUUGGGCAAAAAUCAGAGCUUCAUGUAGUUAUUUUGCUUCAGCUUCAAUUGGGGCACCGCAAAGCAAAGUUCCAGCUCUCCCAUCACAGACUUGACCAUGGCUAUUGAUGACAACAAUGCCAUAGGCCGCCUCCUAGGAAUCGUUUAAGAACGAUCCAUCACAGUGAACCUCCCAUGAGGGUUUACUCAACAGUGGUGUAGGCUGAUACUAGGGGUGAAUAGGCUAGACAUCGGGAAUAGACGAGGUAGUCCGAGGAGUAUGCACGUCGACCAUUCAUUGGCAUCUCUUGCUGCAUUGGAACAUGUGAGAGGAGGCCAAGGAAUUGCGCUGCGAAAAACUUUCUCGUUUCUAGUCUUUCAAAUAUUCCAAAGGGUGAAGAUGAUGAGAAUGAUUGAAUGGGAAGGGAUCAUGUCCUUCAGAUGGAACAGCCAAUGGAUAAUGUUGGAGUUAGCAGGGGCAGUGGCCAAAGAGGGAAAGAUCAUGUGCCAAACCUCCCUAGCAUGGUGGCACUCAAACAAACAAUGAUGGAUGAACUCCUCCGCAGCCAAACAGACAGGGCAGAUGGGGUUUGGGGAGCAUUUGCGGCUGAACAACAGACUUUUAGUCGCCAAAUCUUUCAUUGCACACUUCCAGACGAAGAAUUUCAACUUUGGAGGGAGGGAGAGUUUCCAGAUCCAUUUCCAUCUCUCUUUAUCAUGAACCGAUGGGGGGAGAUAGCCUGUCAUUUGAGUUCUUAUCUUGUCGUUGAAGGCAUGGAAAGCUGAAGCCAUUGAGAAGUUGCCUUUGGUGGUGAAUCUCCAAUCCCAAAAGUCCGGGGCAUCUGCUAAGCCAAUGGGGACUCGUUUGAUGUCUUAGACAAAGACUGGGGGAGCUUUUUGGCGAAGGGCAGGCUCAUUCCAUGUUCUCUCAUUCAUGUUGAUGAACUCCACCACUCGUUCUUGUUGAUUCACAGACCCAUUGAGCUUUCCCCCUGGAAUGUGGGGAAUUCAUUGAUCAUGAAAGAAACUGGUGGACUCACCAUUACCAAUGACUCUGAUGAUACCAAGCUCCAUCAUCCGCUUUGCUUCUCAAAGGCUAGCCCAAAUCCAAGACGCUCGACCUCCUUUCUUAACAUGGAGGAAAUCAGAGCUUGGGAAGUAGAGUCCCUUCAGCAAGCGCACCCACAGAGCAUUCGGGUUCUCAAGAAUCCUCCAGGCUUGUUUUGCAAGUAAAGCAAGAUUGAAUUCUUUGAAAGAUCUGAACCCAAUCCCUCCUUCCUCUUUUGGAGCACAAAGAACCUUUGCAUCACACCAGUGGAUAGCUUUCAUGUGGAGAGAUCUUGACCAGAAAAAUCUCCGAAGAAAAGAGUCCAUCCUUUUUGUGGUUGAUCACGACAUGAGAAAAAGGCACAUAAUGUAUGUCGGGAUAGCCUGGAUCACAGCUUUCAGGAGAGUUUCCUUCCGUCCCGGGGACAGUAAUAGGCUCUUCCAAGCUUCAGCUUUUUUCUCCAUUCUGGUGAUAAGAAAUGCAAACGUUUCUCUUUUACACCCGCCUCAUUUCGUAGGGACCCCAAGAUACUUAGCAUGGCAGGUCGAAGAGUUGAAUCCAAGAUCUGCGUGAUUUGAGCUUUUUUCUCAUCAUCGACAUUGCAACUGAAAAAGAUGGAUGAUUUCAUGUUGUUCACUUCUUGACCAGUAAUAUUGCUGUAGGACGAGAUGAUAUGCAUGAUACUGAUCGCUUCCUCUUCGGUAGCACUUCCAAAGAUAACAGUAUCAUCUGCAAAAAGGCAAUGGAUAAGAGUAGGGCCGUUUCGGUUCAACUUAAUUCCUCGAAAAACAUUCAAACUUGCAGCCUUAUCAAUGAGAAAAAAGAGCAUUUGAAAGGAGGAUAAAGAGAAGGGGGAGAGAGGGUCCCCCUGACGAAUCCCUCUUGUUGGUGCAAACUUUGGUGAAGCUUCACCAUUGAACAGAAGUGAGAACUUUACAGUUCUAAUGCAUUUGUUGACCCAAGCACACCAUUUCGGAUCAAAACCAUAAAGAUCGAAGAUUUUAUCAAGGCAAUCCCAAAUUCACCAGAUCAUAUGUUUUUCUCAUGUCGAGUUUGAGCAUCAUGUCUUGUCGUUUCCCCACUUUAUGCUUCUUGAAAUGAUUCAGAACUUCGUGCACAAUCAUAACGUUGUCUUGAAAUUAUCCCCCCCCCCCCCCCGGCGGUGAAGGCCGUCUGAAGUUCUGAGACCAGAUCAGAGAGCCAUUUUUGCAAUCUUGAGGUCAUAAUUUUGGUAAUGACCUUAUACCGGAAAUUGCAGCAACUGAUCGGGCGAAAAUGGCUAACAUAUUCCGGGACCUCCACUUUGGGGACCAGCGAAAUAUGAGUGUCAUUCCACCCCUUAGGAAGACGAUUAGAAGCAAAAAAAAAAACCCUGACUUCCUCACAAAACUGCUCCCCAAUAUGAGGCCAGAAUUUCCUGAAGAAGAACCCAGGAAAACCAUCCAGUCCCGGGGCCUUUGAAUGUCCCAACUGAAAAACAACUUUUCUGAUUUCUUCAUUAUCAACAUUUGCACAAAGAUCCCGAUUCAUAUCAUUCGUGACCAGGUUGGGGAAUGAUAUAAACAUUUUAACCAACUCAAUUUCAGUAAACAAAAUUUUCGUCUCGGGUGACACAUUCUUGGUGCGAGGAGUGAAAGAGGACUACAUUGAGAGUGUUUCCUAACUAUGAGUAGGGAUGACAACGGAUCGGAACAAGAGCGGAUAGUGCAAGUUCAGCUUGGUGCAAGUUCAUUCUUGGGCUAAUUCACAAAUACUAUGGGCUUCAGCUUGCAAGACACUAGGAUAGGCCCAAAAUCAUUGGUGAACGGCCGACCGUACUAAGUUACAAGUCCUGAAAAAUAUACCUUCACAAGGGAACCUGUUGCUUACUCUGUUUCUGAGAGGGCUUUGCUUUACUAAGCAAGUUUUAACGUCAGUGUCAAUGCAUCCCCAAAGCUCACCCACUUUCCCACCGUGCCUCUACAAUCAUAUGUAGAAGCAGAGUCCAAUUCACAGAUUCAAUACCUCUCCAAAGUACAAAUCCUGCUGAAAGAGGCAAUUUAACACAGGUCGAAUCAAGAUGUUUCAAAUAU